AUGGCGUUAAAAGCGCUAAAAUGUCGUUCAUCAAAACGCCAGAAAGCAUCUCUGCGGUAUAAGAAAAUCAAGAAGAUUGCCGAAAGCAAACGCAAGAAGGUGAAGGAAGCAAAGAAGUUGCCGAAGCUCAAAAGCAAAAAACAGAAGCUGAUCCAAGUGCCGAACAUAUGUCCCUUCAAGAAAGAGGUGAUUGAAGAAGUCGAAGCAUACAAGCAGAAACAGGAAGAACUUCGCCAGCAGCAAAAGGAACUGCAAAAAAAGCAGCGUCAACUGGAGUUACGCUCAAAGACGCUUCAGUCAAUGGUGACCGAUGCCGAAAAACGACAGGACCAGUUCAGCCCACAAACAGCCGAGGAGGAUGAGUAUGCUAAUGUUUCUGGAGGAGGAAGGGAAAAUUCAUUGAAAGCAUAUUUCAAGGAGUUCAAGAAAGUUGUCGAUGCAGCGGACGUUGUGCUGGAAGUGGUCGAUGCCCGUGACCCUCUAGGUACCCGGUGCGCUGAAGUGGCAAAGAUUGUCCGUGAGGCACCCGGUCAGAAACGGUUAGUGCUGAUUCUGAACAAGGCUGAUCUUGUACCGCGCGAUAAUUUGGAGCGCUGGAUGAAAUAUCUGCGUCGAUCGUGUCCAGUUAUUCCGUUCAAGGCAACAACGCAAGCGCAAAAAUCCAAUAUUGGCCACAAGAAAUUCAAAGCCGCUAAAACCCUUGAAUGUUCUCCCUGCAUUGGAGCGGAUUUACUGAAAGAGCUGUUGGCUAACUACUGUCGCAGUGACAACAUUCGUACCUCUAUUCGCGUCGGGGUGGUAGGGCUACCGAAUGUGGGCAAAAGUUCGCUAGUUAACUCUUUGAAGCGUAAACGUGCUUGCAUGGUGGGAGCAAAACCAGGUGUCACAAAACAGAUGCAGGAAGUGCAAAUCGAUUCGCACGUAAAACUACUCGACAGUCUGGGUAUCGUUUUCCAGCGUCCCAAGGAGCAGGAUCAAAACAAAUUUUACGCACUAAAGAAUGCACAGCGCGUGACGGAAAUUCAGGACCCGUUCCCUCUGGCGAACGACAUUCUGAAACGUGGCACUAUGAUGUACUUCUGCAAAUUGUACGACAUCAGUGAAUUCCAUUCAACGGACGAGUUUCUGGCAAAGAAAGCCAUUCGCAUGGGAGCACUAGCAAAGAAGGGUGUACCGGACGUGAAAAAGGCUGCAAGAUGCCUGAUUGAAGAUUGGAACAAUGGAAAAAUCAAAUAUUGUACCCAGCCACCGGAGGAUGAUGCGAACGAGGUACAUCUGGACGCCCAGCUUGUCACGUCGUCGGAAAAUGUGCCGGAGCUUAAUCUCGAUCAGCAGCUCGAUGCAUUGGUGGAACAGUUGAGCAGUCAGUAUGAGGCAAGCUUCAAUAUGCGGGAUGCGGACGGUAUGAAAGUGGCUAUUAAACAAGAGGAUAUCCUUACGAUGGAAGUAGAUACAGGGGGCCCAGUACAUAUGCGCCUGGCAAAGAGUGAUCAGCUGGCGCAUCUUGCAAACCAAGGUACGAUUAUUGAGCGAGAUGAUGCCAUGAAUGGAAAAACUGAUGAUGGUAAAACCCGUAAACGCAAAGUUAACGAUUACGCAGAGGAAGAGAAACGAUUCCGCAAGGAUCCGAUGUUCCUGCUGGAAGGCAACCAAACGGCUAAUCGAAACAAGAAGCAAGAGAUGAAGAAACGCAAAAAACAACAGAACAAGCAGGCAAACUCAAGCAACGAACAGGCUGGAGAGAAAGAAGAGUAUGAUUUCGAUGAUGAUUACGGCAUGGAAGACUAA